AUGGGGGUGGACGUGGACGUGGACAGGACACUGGAGAGGAGGUGUUGCUCUAGCCUCUUAGAAAAGCUCCAACUCCCAGGGCCCAGGGUCCCCCAGCUUUCAGACUCCCCACAGGCUCUGCGGCACCAGGAGUGCGCGGCCAUAUUGCCUGCUUCCUCAGCACAGGGCUUCCACCUCAAGCUGGUCCUUUUCUCUCUUAGCUCAGGAAAUAACCAUUGGAAGGCGGUGGCCAUGAAGACCUUCUCUCUGCUGCUGGUGUCCCUGCUCCUGGCAUUGGUGCUGGGAGAGAAGGAAGAAGGUCACUCCAGGUUCCACACUAAGGCCAGCGGCUCCCAACCACGAGGCCCCAGGUACGCCGAAGGCACUUUCAUCAGUGACUAUAGCAUCGCCAUGGACAAGAUCCGCCAACAAGACUUUGUGAACUGGCUGCUGGCGCAGAAAGGGAAGAAGAGCGACUGGAAACACAACAUCACCCAGAGGGAGGCCCGGGCCCCAGAGCUGACCCAUCAAUCUAACAGGAAGGAGGAGGCAAGGGAGCAGCAGGGCUCCCUACCCAAGAACCCCAGUGAUGACGGUUUGCUAAAGGAUUUACUGAUUCGAGAGCUGCUGUCCUGGAUAGUGGAUCAGAUGGAGCUCUGCAGGCUCAGGUGGGAGUUUGGUAGCUUUGGGCAUCCUGAGUAG